UAUGCAAACAUGCUCUUAGAGUCUACAAUAUGAAUGGAGUAUAUAAUUUGACAUCCCAAUAUAUACUGCCUAGAUGGACAAAGUAUGCUAAAAGUGGAUUUUAUAUUGAAAAAAAACAAGGAACCGAGGAGGGAGAUUUGAAAACACAGGCAGCACUUAUAUCUCGACAGGCCACAACUCUUGCAUUGAAGUGUUCGUCAUCAAAAGAACUUCUUGAUAAGUUGCAGAAAGCCAUGUAUGACUUCAACUUGGAAGCAGAUACUUAUCUAAGUGAGAUGCAUGAAAAAUCCAAUGAGAUUCCCCCUACUCCAAAUGAAUGUGUCCGACAACCACUAAAUGGUGUAAUAUCAUUCAAAAUCCCUCCAGUCAUAAAAGGUCCAAAGCAAACACGUUUUAAAAAUGUUCUUGAAAAGAACCCAGGGAAGAAGAAGAAGAAGGGUGCCCGGAAGAAAGGUGACGGUUUGGAACAUGUUGAUAUCGAAACAAGAGACGAACAUGCUGAUGCAAACCUAAUUGAUUUUAAUGUUGGUGCAUCUUCAACCAUGAAUGCUCCUUUCGUCCAAGGUGGAUAUGCUAAUGUCACAAUGCCCCAGUUCAAUUUAUUUGCAAAUCCUUCUGCAAUGGCUCCUCCAUACAUACCAGGAGGGUACACAAGUCUCUUAAUGGGAGUUGAUCAAGAUGAUACAACGCAAGCUGCUGUUAGGAAGUUACAUUUUGAUGAAUCUAUGUAGACAUGUUCUCAUGAAAUGAACCAUAAUGUUUUGUAAACAUGAAUUUAUUUUGCUGUCAUGAAAGUAAUCAUUUUGGAUAUUUGGUUUCCCAACAUUAAUUUAUCUUGGCUGUGAUUUAUGU